AUGCUUUUACGUGUUAAUGCUGAAACACGUUUAACCGACGCAUGCUAUACUAUUCGUUACUCUCCACAUGUAGUCAAUCAACUAGCCAUUGUUUCAUGUGAAAAUUAUGGUAUUCGCGGUCGUAGUACUAUACAAUUAAUAAAUAAUCAUGAUCAGUCAGUUUUUAAUUGGUCUGAUGCCGUAUUUGAUGUAAGUUUUGUUGAAACUAAUCCAUCUUUGAUUGUGUGUGCGAGUGGCGAUGGUUCACUACUUGUAUGGCAAUUGAAUAAAACGAAUUCUUCGCCUGUCUUAUCUUUACGAGAACAUCAACGUGAAGUGUGGUGUGUUCAUUGGAGUGAAAGUCGAUCUAGCGAUGCUUUACUGAGCACAUCUGGUGAUGGAACAAUUAAAUUAUGGAAUUUCGAUAGUUCACCUAUGCUUCAAGCAACUCUAUCAGGACAUGAAUCUGUAGUUUAUGAAGCUCGAUGGCAUCCUCGUCGACCUGGUCUUAUAGCUUCGGUUUCAGCUGAUUGUUCAUUACGUCUAUUUGACAUAAAACAAUCGUCGAAUAUUAUUAGUCCUCGUGCUCAUCCGGCUGAAAUUCUUUCGUUAGAUUGGUCAAAAUAUGAUGACCAUUUAUUAGUCACUGGUGCUUGCGAUAAUCGUCUUCGUCUAUGGGAUACUCGUAUGAUUACAAAUGCAGUCAGUGUUUUUGAAGGACAUGAGGCGGCUGUUCGUCGUGUAAAAUUUGAUCCACAUCGGCGAGAUCGUCUAGCAUCUACUGGUUAUGAUGGGCAAUUGAAAUUAUGGAAUUUAACACCAACAAAUAGUAAUAUUAACAUACAUACAGAACGUUUUUCUAAAGAUUUUAUUUAUGGACUUGAUUGGAAUCUUUUUGAACGAGAUAAAUUAGUUGUAGGCUCUUGGGAUCGAAUUGUGCGCUUCUGUGAAAUUGUUUCAAUGUAG